CUCACUCUCCGGCUCUCUCACUUUCUCAGAUAAAAAUCCAAAUUAAAGCAUGCGAAGCUUUUUCGGAGCGACCCAAAUUCUGAGCAAGUCUUCAUCUUUCUUCCUACCCACAAAUCCCAACCUCUCCUUCUCCAAAACCCCCAUCUUCCUCCGAACCUUCGCGAUCAUGGCCACCGCCGCCGACGAGCUCGUCAAGGGCGCCGUUCACCCAAACGGCGUCGCUGUGAUCACCCUCGAUCGCCCCAAAGCUCUCAACGCCAUGAACAUAGAUAUGGAUUUGAAAUUCAAGAGCUAUCUGGAUCAGUGGGAAUCGGACCCGAGUGUGAAGUGUGUUUUGGUCGAUAGCAGCUCAGCUCGUGCCUUUUGUGCUGGAAUGGAUAUUAAAGGGGUUGUUGCUGAAAUUCAAAAGGACAAGAGCGGUGAUGUGAAGCAGAUCACGGCCAAAAACCAACUAUCCGAUGUGAUUGAGGUAUUCACUGCUGAGUAUUCUUUAAUAUGCAAAAUAUCUAACUACAAGAAGCCGUAUGUAAGUUUCAUGGAUGGCAUAACAAUGGGCUUUGGAAUUGGCCUAUCAGGUCAUGGUCGCUACCGGAUCAUUACAGAGAGGACUCUUCUUGCUAUGCCAGAAAAUGGUAUUGGAUUGUUUCCAGACGUUGGCUUUUCACAUAUAGCGGCACAGAGUCCAGGAGGAGGAUCAGUUGGUGCUUAUCUUGGAAUCACUGGGAAAAGAAUUUCGACGCCGUCGGAUGCACUCUAUGUAGGUCUUGGGACACAUUUUGUGCCAUCUCAAAACUUAGGUUCAGUAAAGGAGACCCUUUUGUCAACUAACUUUUCCCAGGAUCCUCAUGAGGACAUCAAAACGAUUUUGGCGAAGUUCAGCAGUAAACCUGAUUCCGAAUCCCAACUGAAGCAGCUUUUACCUCAAAUAGCCUCAUCAUUUGGUGCAAAUAAGUCAGUUAUUGGGACAAUUGAAGAACUCAAAAAGCAUCAAUCGAGUUCAAAUGCUACUGUGGUGGAGUGGGCUAAUGAAGCUCUUCAAGGUCUUGGAAAGGGUGCUCCUUUUUCACUUUUCUUGACACAGAAGUAUUUCUCCAAAGUUGCAUCUGCCCUUGGGAAGAAUGACAAUCAAUUAUCCACACUGACUGGUGUCAUGAAAACUGAAUAUCGCAUUGCUGUAAGAUCAUCCUUGCGUAAUGACUUUGCUGAAGGUGUGCGGGCAGUGUUGGUGGACAAGGAUCAGAAUCCAAAGUGGAACCCGUCAAGGUUGGAGGAAGUUAAUGAGAACGAAGUGGAAGCUCUGUUUGAACCAUUGAGCCCAAAUGUGGAGGAGUUGAGCGUGUGACUAGCAUUUGAAAAUGUAUUAUCUUGCUUCAGCAGUAAACAUUUGACUGGUUGUGCAUGCCAUUGGAAUAUAUUGAACAAUGAUGCAAAUAAGUUACAUUACACGAUAAAAAGCAUUUCACUUCGGUGCUUUUAAUGCUAUUGUGUAGUGCGUUCUUCAUGUAAUUUUUGAGAUCACUGCCGAUGAAAUAUGGUACUAAUAGUGUUGUUGGCU